AUGAGUGAAAGAGGUUCGGAGAUUGUCUACCGGGCGGAGAAUGUUCCGAUUCGCUUCUUUAAAGCAUGUCGAUGGUGCAGGAGACAGAAAAUGCGGUGCGAUGCGCGCAGUCAAACCCCUUGCUUCCGUUGUCGCUCCACAGGUCGAGACUGCAUUUUGGAUCCUAUUGAUGACGGCCGGCGCCGAAGUGACCGUCGGCGGAAAACAACAACCCCCGCACGGAGCCAAGCCAAUGCUUCUCCCGUUGAUCAGCGGACUGGGUUUCAUACUCCGGCUUCAAGAGACCAAGGCUUUUCUCCAGCGAACGUUCAUGAUGGGGGCUUUGACACUUCGCUGGACUCUUUGCCCGAGUCUGCUGGCCUGAACAGUCUUCAAAAGUCAUAUACAGGGGAUCAAAACGGGCCUGAACAUCAGCACUUAAGUCCGAAUGAAAUGAUUGCACCAGCAUCAGCAGUGCACUCCAUGUCAGUGAACCUGCUGGGCUCGAAUGAUAUAUUCAUGGACAACUCCAACAAAGGCGACUCAAGAGGUGAUGUCAUUGAUCGAGGAAUCGUCAGCGAGGAGUUCGCUCGCAUCAUGUAUGACCGAUUCACAGGUGGAUCCAAGAAUUUUCUGGGGCUUUUUGAUCCCAUUCGCGACACAUUUGACUCCAUUCGGUCACGGUCAUUAUUUUGCUUCACAGUAAUCAUAUAUCUUGCCAGCCGCGCUGUAUCGGAUCUUCGUGGAGACACGCAUAUGCAGCGUGUGUUGCAGGAUGAAGCGCAACGUCUGGCAGAGGACAGUUUCUUCGAGCGACCAACUAAACUGGAAACAGUACAAGGCAUGAUUCUCCUGGCAGCUUAUUCAGAAAAAACGUGGUUCUCAAUCGCUCUGAUCCUCCGCACGGCCUUGGAUUCUGGCUUAGAAAAAUCACUAGAUACGUUACUAUCACAAGAAACCGUUCCCCGGAGUUCUCUCUCUGCUUCCAUGGCGGAGCGUCAAUUGGUAUGGCAAACAAGAACGUGGUUGAUCAGUUUCACCUUGGAAUUAGACGUCGCAUCCGGAACGGGACGCAAGUCUCGCAUUGCCGAGGUUGAUGUCUCAAAGCUACGCCGUUUCCUUGAAUAUCCACUUUCUCUGCCUGGUGAUAUGCGAACAGUUUGCAUUAUUGAACUUCAUCAGCUACGAGGCAACUACCGCUUUGCUAUCGACAACGUAAUGACCGUCGAUGAAAUCGUUUCAAAUAGAAUACCAUCUAUCAUGACCCGGCUCCAAGGCUGGUUCGCAGCAUGGGACGAAAUUCAUAAAAACAAUGGUUUCCACGAAGGGGCCUUUCAACGAAGUAGCCUGAAACUUAUGUUCAACUAUGCUAGGAUAUUUGUUCUUUGCGCCUCGCUUGCACGGAUUCAAAAGUUGCAACCUAUUUACACGGAUUCAAGCUCCGAAACCCUCGAUCAGACUGUUGUUGAGCUAUGGCGGUCCCUGGUAACGACAAUCAUGGACCAGUUGGGAUUUUUAAUUAAUGAGCCCUCCUACCGUUGCCAAUUAACAUGGUCGCCAACGUACCCGGCUUUGACUAUUGCAUUCGUUACAACAUUUGCCCUCAGAAUAGCGAGAUGGCGUCCAAAUUUAAUCAACCAGAAUUUAUUACUAGAAAGAGCAGAAAGGAUAUGCGACUUCUUGAAGCAACCCCCCUAUCCUGACAUCCACCGAACAGUCUCGAUCUUUGUGAACUACGCACGUGCUCUGAUUGCAAGCCAGCGUCCACAGAGCAGUGAUGGUACAGAUGCACCCAACAUGUCCGAUCAAGGUGAUGGUCCACAUCCGUCAUAUUGUGACGGUCCUAUGGUCGAUGCACCUGCUCCACCAGCAGUGGGUCCCCUCGACGAUCGCUACAGGAACGAUGUCAACCCACAGACUGAUAAGGAUUCAAAUAUGGUCUCAAUGCCAGGUGGCGAUACAUCUGUACCCAGACCGCCCCUCUCUCGGCUACCCGGCACGAUGGAGGCACCGAACUGGACUGUAUCAAACUCGAUCGCGGAUUCGUUUGGACUUUUCGAAGAAGACAAGGGACAAAUGUCAGCUGAGACCAUUGCCGAUCCAAAGACACUCGAAAAACGACACAAAGAAGAUGGAGAUUACUCAAUAGUCGAAAUGUCACCAGAUGAACUCCUAGUCGAAUUCCAAGAAGGCUCACCAAAAAGCCCACCCAACUGGGCAUUUAACAAAAAGAUCUACAACGCAGUUGUGGCUCUAUUCGUCGUUCUCAAUAGCGGCAUAUCAAGUGCCCUUCCCAGCAAUGCAGUCCCCACUAUCAUGCAGGAUUUCAACCAGUCCGGAGACUCGCAAAAGGUAUUACCAACUGCUGUAUUCCUGGUCGGUUAUGUGCUGGGACCUCUUCUUUUCAGCCCAUUGAGCGAGACAAUUGGGCGGAAACCAGUUCUACUCUGGUCAUUCAGCAUUUUUGUUCUAGCCACACUUGGUUGUGCUUUUGCACCUAAUUGGCCUGUGCUGCUUGUUUUUCGAUCCAUCUGUGGUCUGAUGGGCGCUGCACCUCAGACUGUUAUUGGAGGUGUCUAUGCAGACUUGUUUGUUGAUUUGCGGAGUCGAGGUCGGGCUAUGGCUGGGUACAUGUCGGCUGCGAGCUUUGGCCCGAUUCUUGGACCUAUCAUUUCUGGAUGUUCGGUUAAAUAUGGUUGGCGAUGGACCUUUCGCAUUGACCUGAUCCUAACGGGCACAACCUUGUUGGCUCUUUUAUUCAUGUCAGAAACAUUCACGCCGGUCCUCCUCAAGCGCAAGACAGCCAAACUACGAAAAGAAACUGGAUUCAAUGGAUAUUUCACAAGACAAGAGCUGAACCUGGAGUCACGAUUCACAACUAUGGAGAUUAUCACCCGCCCUAUCAUGAUGCUUGUCACCGAGCCUAUCAUCCAGUCUACUGCCGUCUACAUCUCUCUUGCCUAUAGUCUGGUCUUCUUCUACUUCCAGGCAUAUCCGAUCAUCUUUCAAGGGGUCUACGGAUUUGACGUUGAGAAAACAUCCUUGACUUACAUUCCAAUUGGCAUCGGAGCCGCAACCUCGGGCCUUGUCACCCUGUACUACGACACAAUCUACGAAAAAGCAAAAAAGCAAGGCAAACAGUGGACAUCCAGCCCGGAACUCCACCGACUCCCGAUGUCCUUCGUCGCAGGUCCAUGCAUUGUUAUCAGCAUGUUCUGGCUCGCAUGGACAGCAAAAGCAAACAUUCACUGGGCCGUGCCCGUGAUGUCUGGCUUAGUAUUCGGAUUCGGAUACCAGAUCAUCUUUAUCUCGCUUUUGACCUAUGUCACAGACGCAUACGGGAUUUACUCAGCCAGUGCGUUGGCAGCUUCGGUCAUUGUUCGAAGCAUUGCUGGGGCACUGUUCCCGUUGGCCGCAGGCCCUAUGUAUAGCUCACUGGGAGUCUCGUGGGCAACGUCUCUACUUGGAUUUAUCAGUCUGGCUUGUAUUCCCAUUCCAUUUGCUCUUUUGCAUUGGGGUCCUUGGAUUCGCAAGAGGAGUCCCUUCUGUCAGCGACUCCUCAAGGAUCGACUGAAGGCUAGUGGAUCCAGUACUCCAGUGGAAGUAUGA